AACGACAGAGAGAGCCUAUGACUUUUCGAUUAGAUCCGUCAUUCGUCAACAACAUUGCUUGGAUCAGAUUCAAAUAUUCAAAUCGGGCAUUUUCUAUUGCCCGAAUCGAAAUGGGUUUUUAAAAUAGUUGCGAGUUUUUGGAAGCAUUGCCAUUUUCAUUAAUUUGGGAAACUUUAUUUGUUGAAAAGAAAUUUGAGCAUGGAUUCAUUAUCUGGGGUGAGCGAAGAACUUGCGGAGAUCGAGGGACAGAUUUCUGAUAUAUUUCGAGCUCUUUCGAAUGGAUUUCAAAAAUUGGAGAAAAUCAAGGACUCCAAUAGGCAGAGCAGGCAAUUGGAAGAGCUAGCGGCCAAGAUGCGUGAAUGUAAGAGGCUUAUUAAAGAAUUUGACAGAGAAUCAAAGGAUUUAGAGUAUAAGAAUGAUUCAGGCACAAACAAGAUGCUGAGUGAGAAAAAGCAAUCAAUGAUUAAAGAGUUGAAUUCGUAUGUGGCUCUCAAAAAACAGUACACGAGCAAUCUUGAUAACAAGCGAGUAAAUCUCUUUGAGGGUCCUGGUGAAGGAUUUGCAGAAGAAAAUGUCUUGCUUGCUUCCGAUAUGACAAAUCAGCAACUAAUGGAUCAGGGAAAUCAGAUGAUGGAUGAGACUGAUCAAGCAAUUGAGAGAUCAAAAAAGGUUGUCCACGAGACUAUUGACGUUGGAACAGAGACUGCUACAGCACUCAAAGCUCAGACUGAACAAAUGAGCAGGAUAGUUAAUGAGCUGGACUCCAUCCAUUUUUCAAUUAAGAAGGCUUCACAGCUGGUCAAGGAAAUUGGUAGGCAGGUUGCAACUGAUCGGUGCAUUAUGGCUCUGCUUUUCCUUAUUGUGGUCGGUGUCUUAGCCAUUAUUAUCGUAAAGAUUGUGAACCCAAAUAACAAAGACAUUCGAGACAUACCAGGACUAGCUCCUCCAGCUCCCAGCCGAAAACUACUUUGGAACCCUAAGUGAAGGGUGCUACAAGCAAAUCACAACACGAGGUUGCCCAUGACAUGCUUUUCUGAUUGAAUAGAUUCUUUUGCUUGCGACGCUACUGGAGGCAUCUGGCUUUACCAAAAAAAUAUAUUUUCUGAAGCCAUCUGUGGGAUUUUGAAUAUGGCAGCUACUGAAUCUGUAUUGCAAUAGAAUGAUUUGUUUUGAGUUUUUAUUCUUCUACUAUGUAUCCUAAAAUGUUUUCCCAUUUGGAUGAGGAGGCAGAGUUGUUGUAUAUGUAAUAUGCAUUGUUGGUUAUUUAUGCAUUAGUUCUUGUACAAA